AUGUCGUUGAAUCACUCAGCUCGCAAAGGAUAUGAGAUCGGUCCGGCUUCGAAGUUGCAAAUAGGAGACACAAAGAAGGAGAGGAAGGAGGAGAGAAGUGAAAAGUAUUUGAGUUCCUUUGGGCUGAUUGCCCAGAGUUUGAAUGGGAAUGGAAAUGUCUGGGCUACUCGCGGUUCAUCGUCCUGCGACAUAGUGACAGCUUUCCUCAUUACUGCGCGUGUGUUCCACGUGCUGAACGACCGAACCCGUCCUUCCUCUCCUCACAGGCCGAUAUCCGUGGGAAACAAACGUGACUUCGCCAAGCCAGGCAUUGAUAACCUCCAGCAGGGGUACGUCUACGCAUCUGGCGAAAAGGACCGCGACCGUGACGGGGCGGGGACAGACCCGCAGACGAACAACCACCAGCAGCAGAGGAACCUGCCCCAGCUCCCUUACUCCUCCGUAGGCCUGAGCCUUCGCAGCGGUCGACACCGGGUCAAGGAUGACUCGAGGGCCAAUUAUGCCGACAUUGUCGAGGUGGACCAUGAGGCCCAGGUCAUGGUGAUUGGCGAUGUCGCCCGCUACUUUGACCGCGUUCGGAAGAAUGUCAACAAGGCUUUCAUGCGACAGAUGCUACGAGAGGCUCUAGGCCCAUAUUGCCAGCGCAAGAAGAGCGAAUCUGCCGCAGCAGGUGUCCGAGGGUGGGGGAAUAGCGCCGUGGCGCUGGUCAAGGCGCCGUCGACUACAGACGGGGACCAUGGGCUCGAGCAGGCCGGCGGGCACCAGGGCGAGGGAGAGGCCGAGGGCAGCAUCGUGAAGCACCACCAGCAGCAGCCAUUACAACUACACGAUGGAGAGGAGCAGAUCCCGCUCGAAACGCCCAUGGAGAAAGACAUGGAAGAUUUCUUCAGCGACACGACGCGGGAGGAGGACGACUGGGACGCGGGCAGCGUGCAGUCGACUGCGUACUCGCCGCGGCCGUCGGAUGACCGCCGCCCUCACAGGGGUUUCUCUCGCAGUCGAACCCUGGACAACGUCACCGCGGUCAGGCCUGGUAUGGAUAAGGCCGGGCUGAGCAGUCUGCGCAGCCUGAGGCAGGGUCUGCCUGGUGGUGACGACCAUGAUGAUACGCUAUCCUUGCGGUCUUUGGCCAUGGUCGGGCGGUCCGAUUCGUUCUCGUCAUCCAGAAGAUCAAGGAAAUGACGACGAUGACAUGUGCAGGAUGAUUCUUGGCUUCAUGUGUUGGCGUUGAUAGGCAUGCGACUACGAAUUUCUUUUUCUUUUCCUCAUUUUCUUUUACUCGGAACUCAUGAACGACUUCGUCAUGGUUUCGUGUCAACAACAGAGAUUGACAGCACAGCAUAUGAGCGACACUUGAUGACGGGAGGAACGAUCACAGCGUCUUGUCUUGUUUGGAAUUUCCCUUCUAUUUUCAUCAUCUUGGUUUUUGUUCUCGUUUCUCUUCCCUUCUGAACCACUAGUCUGGUCUACCCUUUAACUUGUCCGCUUUCCCCCUUUGAUGCGUUAUGCAAACAACUUCAGAAACAACCUAGAAGUUUAUCAAACAACAGAUAUGUUUUGGCAUUUCAAUAUACAACGACAACGAUCA